ACCUCCGGUUGUUCUAGCCGAGCAUCUCUUUUGAAGGUGUCGCGGUUGUGGCUGGCUAAAAUGGAUCAGCCCACAGUCAAUCUGUGGGUGAAGAUGGAACCUUUCAUGGUGGGAGCCUUGCAAAUCCCACCGCCGUCCAAAUUUAGCAUGCAUUAUCUCCGGAAGAUGUCGACUUAUGUCCGAAUGCGUUCCAGUGAAGGCUAUUAUCCGUAUCUUUCCUGGUCUAUGUGGCGGCAUAUUGCUUGUGGGAAGCUGCAGUUAGACAAGGAUCUGGCUUGGCUUUAUUUUGAAUUGUUUGACAGUCUUGUUGAACGGACCUCAGGGGAGCGUCUGGAGUGGGCAGAGGAGAUAUCCAGCUGUUCAACUGAGGAGGAGGCAGAGAAGCAAAGGAAUAAGUUAUCUGUGGACACUCUUCAAUUCCUACUGUUCCUUUAUAUUCAGCAACUAAACAAAGUUUCCCUGAGGACAUCUCUACUUGGAGAUGAGUGGCCAAAUCCUAGAUCUAAGUCUUACAGUCUGACUAGAGAAUCCACCAACCAGAUUAAGAACUGGAAUGACAGCUACCACCAAGACUUUGUCCAAAACCAUCUCCAGGACCUUCUGGAACUACUGCUGGACCCAGAUCAGCUCUCUGCCUCUUCUCACUCUACCCACAGCAGUCUGGUUUCACCUGAAGCUGUUCGAGCUCUUAGUUUCCUUAUUGAAGGGUGUGUGAACAAGAACAGGACUGUCCACCGUCUGCAUGAGCUUGCACUCUGGCAGCCAUUGCAUGCAAAGAGUGGCUUCUCAAAGAUCUCCAAAGCCUUCUCCUUCCCCAAACUUGAGUCUUGGUUGAGGGCUUGUCUGACUGAGAACCCAUUCGGGACAUCAGCCUGCCUCAAAUCUGGGAAGAAGCUUGCAUGGGCACAGCAAGUUGAAGGAACAACCAAGCGAGCCAAGAUAGCCUGUAAUAUUCAUAUGGUGCCUUCCGCACACCGCAUGGUUGUGAUGAGCCAAGUUUACAAGCAAACGCUGGCAAAGAGCUCCGAUACCUUGGAAGACACUCAUGUGAGGAUUCAUCGCUGCUGUGAAUCUUUCAUCUAUUUGCUGUCUCCACUGAGAUCAGUGACCAUCGAGAAGUGCAGGAAUAGCACCUUUGUCCUGGGCCCAGUACAGACAGUCGUUCACCUCCAUAGCUGUGACAAUGUCAAACUUAUUGCUGUUUGCCACCGCCUGUCUCUUUCAUCGACCGCCAGUUGCACCUUGCAUGUCCUCACCCCAACUAGACCUCUCAUCUUACUGGGUAACCAAACAAUAACUUUUGCCCCCUUCCACACCCAUUAUCCAAUGCUUGAGGACCACAUGGGCAGGACUGGCCUGGCUACAGUGCCCAAUGCUUGGGAUAAUCCGAUGUUUGUAUGCAAAGAGAACUGUGGCGAGAAUGUGUUCAGACUCCUCCCACCAUCGGAGUUUUACCCCUUUGUUGUUCCGUUUGAAAUGGAAGGAGACACGACAGAAAUACCUGGUGGGCUGCCCCCGGUGUAUCAAAAGGCACUGAGUCAACGAGAACAGAGGAUACAGAUCUGGCAGAAGACUGUGAAGGAGGCAGGGUUGACCAAGCACCAGCGGAAGACAUUCCAGGUGUUGGUGGAGAACAAGUUCUACGAAUGGCUGGUCCACACAGGUAGUCGUCAACAGCUUGACAGCCUGGUGCUUCCUGCUGCAGGUUCUAAGCAGGCAGCAGGAUAGGAGAGCUUCAAAGAUCUGGAGAUGCUUUUUGCCAAUGAGUGUUUCCCCUUCAAUAGACUGGGGACAAGCUGAUUAAAAGUUCCUAUGGCAUUAUUGAUGAAUUUGGAAAUUAGAUUUACUUGGUGUCAUUGUCAAGGAGGAGAUGGACUUUUUCUUCUUGUUCCACCACUGCACCUUUCUCAGGAAGCCAGUCUCUGUCGGAAGCCAGCCUUGACUGCUGGUUUCCUUGCUGUUAACACUUCUUUCUAUGGCUGAUAGCAAAAUUUAGAUGUAUAGCAUAUGUAAAGGUACGUGGAAAAGGAGGUACUUGGUGAAAAGCUGGGGGCAAGCUUCUGGCUACUGAAUGAACUUUUGGCCUGCUGUGAACUGAACAUUGAUUGUAUAAAAUUCACUAGGUGCAUUUUUGUACCAGUUGUUAGCACUUCAACUAUGAAAUGUAAUUAAAAUUGGCACAAUUGUGUGUCUGUGACUUUCA